AAUAGCAUUUGGUAAGAUUCUACUAAUCCAAAGGUUCUCAGCAUCCUAAAUCCUGUUUCUUAAACCCUAAACCCCGUUGGUGUCACCUGCGUCUGCACUUCACUCAUUUUCACUUCGCUUCUCCGGAGGCUCGAGUACAGUUUUGGCACAGAAAUGUCUUGGCGCAGUGGAGGAUCGCUUUCACGCACGCUCAUCUCCGCUGCCAGGGCUCCAUCUCGCCUCUCCUCGUUGCCGCUCCCCCGCAUUCGUCCCCCGCCCACUGCCUCGCCCCGGCUCCAGUCCCGCCGCCUGUCCUUUGUUACAUCUAGGAACAUGGGAGAACUGGGAUGUAUGCAAUCAUUCUUGCCUCUGCAUAGCAUGUUGUCCACAAACCACCUCACAUCACGCCUCAAUGCUAACUUGCGGGCUUUUUGUGAGCUGUCUCACGGUACCUUCUACCGUACUUGUCAGGAUCGCUAGUAGUCUCUUUGUACUUGAAGGGCAAUUGGAUUUGUGCAGCAAAAUGAAACAACAUAUUGAGGAAGUCAGAAAGUGGGUGCACCACGAGGGUCUUAGGCUUUUUAGGUAGGAAUAUUUUAAUAAAGAUGCAAUGUUUCUAUUAUACUUCAGAGAUUAAUCUUGAAAUUUUAUUACUUUUGGGACAAUCAAAUGGAGGUUUUUUAGGUACCUAUAUGUCACUUGUUAUUAUCAUCUGCCCUAUUUCCUUGAUUUCUGCCCAGUAUAUGUAAGAUUAUGCUGACAAUACAAUAGCCUUGUGGCCUUCUUUUGGAUUCUAUAUCUUUCUCUGUC